AUGCCGAACCUACAAGAAUAUUUAAAUCAGACAUAUCCAACAAAGCAAGAGAAAGAAAGAGUUGGCACCAUAUACUUCACCGAAAUAAAAGAAAAACAAAGAGAAAUAGAAGGAGGGGAGUUAGAUUUAAGCGAGUUUGUCAAUUUAGCAGAAGUAAGAAUUGAUGGAAGCUAUUUAAAAACUCCGCUAACUAAAUUAAAACUUAGUGCUUCUGCUAGAUGGUUGGGGCUUUUAAUCUGUAUUAACAACAAUUUAACUUCAAUAGAUUUUUUAGAAAAUUUGCCUAAUCCAAAGUUAAUGAAAAUAUUAAACAUUUAUAAUAAUAACAUUCAACCAACUGAUAUUGAAAUAUUUAGCAAAUUUUCUAAUUUGACUUGUUUGAAAAUAGGAACUGAAAAAGGUGCUUUUCAAAAUGGCAAACAUAAUAAAUUCUAUGGUUCGCUAAAAUCUUACCAAAACUUAACUAAAUUAGAAAGAAUUUGUAUUGAGGCCACUGAUGUCGAUAGUGGUCUAGAACACUUACCGAUGAGUUUAGCUAAAUCAACAGCCAAGAGAGCCGCUGAUAAUAAAUACGACUUAAUAAUAAUUGAUGCUCCCGCUCGCACUAGCCAAGGAACCUUAGAAAUCGCCAAAAAGGCUGAUUUACUAAUUCAACCGGUCGGAACUAGCCGCGAUGAUUUAUUACCUGCCUUGCGAGAAUUCAAUGCUUUAAAAGCCCAGGGAAUAAACAAAAAAAAGUUAUUAUUUGUCCUCAAUCACCUAUCCACCCCCGCCGAAGUAUUGGCUACCCAAGAAUAUUUAACCGAAAGCACUUAUAAUUUUGCUCCUUAUUAUUUACUAGAAAAAGCCUCUUAUCGCCAAGCCCAAAGUGAAGGUAAAAGUAUUAGUGAGGUAAAUUAUACUAGUUUAAGAAAACAAGUUCAAAAUAAAAGAAAAAUAUUUGGAGAAAUACCGCAAGAAAUUAGCGAAAACAUAAAAGCCUCAGAAACCGCUCCCAGUGAUAAAAGAAUUAGUGGAAGGACUAAACAAUUAAACUUUAAAGUUAGAGAGGAAUUUUAUUGGAAAUUGAAAAAUAUGGCGGUGGAGGAAAAGUGUAUGAUGGUGGAAGUCUUAGAAAAAAGUUUGGAGGAUUUAUUUGCGGGAAUUGGUGGUUUUCGUUUAGCACUGGAAAAACUUAAUGGCAAAUGUUUAUUUUCCUCUGAAAUUGAUGAGGAUUGUAUAAAAACAUAUGCCGUAAAUUUUGGCGAACAGCCCCAAGGAGACAUUACCAAAAUUGACCCUCAGUCAAUCCCCAACCACGAUAUUUUAUGUGCGGGAUUUCCGUGUCAGCCAUUUAGUAUUUCGGGUAAAAAGAAAGGAUUUAAAGAUAUUCGGGAUUCAGGUUUAAUUUUCUGUGGCUAUCGGAAUAAAUUAAUACGAACAAAUGGCGUUCGCCCUAACACGGAACAUUUAUCACGGGUUCAUAAACAACCAAACCGAAUAUAUUUUGUUGAUGGAACCCACCCAACCAUCCCAUCCCAAGAGAGCUCAGGGAGGUAUUGGAUUUACGAUGGAAAAAAAGUCCGAAAACUGACCCUUAAUGAAUGUUUUGCUUUACAAGGUUUUCCCAGCAAUUACCAAAAACGUAUGAGUAUAAACAUUAUAAACCAUAAAGAAAAAUUAUUAGAAGUUUAUCAGAAAUCAUCUAAUGUAGCGGAUAUUAGCAAUAUUUCAGAUGAAAUGAUGAACUUUUUAAAAAUUAUCACGGAUAAUAUUGAUAAAAAUAAAGGAGUUUAUACAGUGUUGAUAACUUUAAUGGUUCAUAAACUAUUAGAACCAGAGCAAGACAUACGACUUCAUAAGAUUGAAUUCAAAAAUGGUUUUUCUGGUAGAACUAUUGAUACUAAACACAUUACUCCCACUUUAAGGGAGUUGGGAUUACCCGCUAUGGCUGAAAGAAAGGGGAUGAAAGAAGCCUUUUUAAAGGUGAUAGAUGCUUUUCAGAACGACCAAUCCAUUACUGAAAACAUGUUAAGGAUAAUUCUCAAUAAGGCUAUCCUAUUUAAAGAAAAUAAUCUUAUUGAAAUUAGAAAAUUAGAUAAUGCUGAUGAAAUAUCAAUUACGGCUAUUAUUGAGUUAUUAAAAAAACAUUUUACCGAAAAAUACGAUACUUGGGGUGGUUCAAAGUUGCCAGUCUUGGCUUUUUAUGCUAUUUAUAAAUCAUUGAUUUUAGAAGUUGAUAGGUAUAAAAGUUGUAAACUUGAACCCUUGGGAAGCCAUACCGCUUCCGACCGGACUUCCAAAAGUGCUGGUGAUAUUCAAGUAAUAAAAAACGACCGAGUGUUUGAGGCAGUGGAGAUUAAGUUAGAUAGACCAAUUGAUAUAAAUAUGGCUCGAAUUGCCUAUGAAAAGAUUAUCAAGUUUAAUUCCGAAAGGUAUUACAUACUUUCUGAUAUGAGGGUUUUGGAAAAGGACCAGCCAGAGGUUAAUGAGUUGAUUUUGAAAAUUAAAGAAAAGCAUGGUUGUCAAUUGAUUGUCAAUGGUAUUUUGCCUACUUUAAAAUACUAUCUCCGUUUAAUUUCUAAUCCCAAAAAGUUUUUUAACGAAUAUAUUGAGUUAGUGGAGGAUGAUACCGAACUGAAAACUAUUCAUAAAAACAAACUAAAAUCAUUAGUAGAAGAAAUAGAAAAAGUAAAAUGUCCGCAGUGUUUAAAAUUAGUCCCCGAAAGUGAAACCGAUAAUUGUGAUGGAUGUGGUAAAAAUUUUUGCGUAGAAUGUUUAACUUAUCAGGGCGAGAAAGGUAGUGAGGGAGAACUGGUUUUUUGUCCGAAGUGUGAAAAAGAGUAA